AGCCCGCCCAGCCCCACCACCAGUACCAGCACCCCUCCUCCACUGUAAGCUCACUUACUCACACACACACACACACACACACACUCUUUUCUCUCCCCUUCUGUGUGCCAGUCCCCCUCUCUCUCUCUCUCUCUCUCUCUUGCUCUCUCUCUCUCUCCUUCCACUUCCUCAAAGUGGCCAGAUCUCCUCUUUUCUCUCUUAUCCACUUUACAUCCCUCCAACUCUCUUUUCCUCCUUCCUCCAGCUGUGAGAGCGACCAGCCCUAACUUGGCCCGCUCUCUUUUUUCACUUCAGUCCAGUAGGAUCUCAGGCUGCCACUUUUGAAAAAAACUUCUCCUACAGACUUUAUUUUCAUACCUGACCUUUUAUUUUUUUGAACCUUAACCCUUACCCUCUGGAGAGGCUUCUUAGUGUGUGUCUGGCGUGUGCAAGGCAGUGUGUGCGAGAGCUCCGGUGUCUUGCUCUUUGGCCUUGAGAGACUCCCCUAAAGAUUGUGACUGAAGGAGAGACGAUUUCACCACCAUGAAUGUUCAGCUGCUGCUCCUGUUGGCUCUAGUUGGCCCUUUCUGUGCCUUCACACAUGCAAGUAAGUGAACUUUCUGCUAUCACUGUCCUGCUGUUAGCACACUGUGUCCCCUCUCCUUCCUCUGCCUCCAUGUGCACACACCACACCACUCUUUGUCUGCUUUAAUCCCUGCUGAUUGAACAAUAAAUCUGUGGAGGCUGCUUUUUAGGAGGUUAAAACACUCAACUCCAAUUUGUGUACCCACAAAAUAAGUAACUAAGUUCUGAAGUGAAGAAAUUUCAAGACAUUCGAAUUUAGAAAUAUUUUCUUUGUGAAGUUGUAACUGAAAACCGCUUUUGAAGUUGCCAGUUGUCCUGCGGUCCAUAUGUUCCAUCCUGCCUGAGGAUCACACUAAUGGAAAAAAAAAAAACAGUGCUUGUUAAUUGAACAAAAAAACGGGCCAGCUUAAGUGUCUGAAGAAGAAGUCUGUGUUGAUCUUGUCUUUGUCUUGGGAUCUUUUUUUCUCUCUUUUACACACCACUCCUGAGCUCUGGACAGCAGGAAAAGUUAGAUUUGCUAUAAGACAUGUGGGAGAAAUGUGAUGUAAUAGCAGAAGCUCUGCCGCCUCGUGUCUGUAAAUUCUUGGCACUGGUAAGGAGAAGAAAGGAAUAUCCUCUGGAAAGCUCCCAAAACAGAGCUCAUAGAGAGGGAGGGGUGGGUCGGUGAGGGCGGUAAACUGUAACAUACACCGUACACAUUUAUCUGAAAGCUUAUCCUCCUGUCUCCUCUCACUUUCCUCCUGAUCUCUCAGCUCUUCUCAACCCGGACUGCUUUCCUCAUUUUUGAUUUCCUUUUUGCAUCCCAGCCCUGUCUCGCCUAUUUUUCUCCCUGAAUGUAUGUUUUCCCUUUCUUCUUUUCUUUCUGCUCUCUUCCUUUGCCUUGACCAGCAGUGUUUGCCCAGUGGAAGCAGCACAGAGGCACAGAGGGGGGUGUGGCCCAGUCCAGAGGGAGCUGUUGGGCAGGGCUGCUUUGCGUGUGUGUAUUAAUAGAGAGAGGCUCUAUAUUUAAGAGGGUCAUAUGGAUGAGAGAGGAGCAGGAGACCAGAAGAGAGAGAACACCAGCUACGUGAUGAGCUUUAAGAGGCACCCCACCCUCUUUCACCCGCGUGUUGUUAGACCUCCCCCUUGGCAUUUACCCAUCUUUGGUGGGGUAUCAAGCUUUACCACUUAAAAUCCCCCUCCCCUUCCCACAUUUACCCUAUCUCUUCACAGUCCUCCGCCUUUCUCCAGCUCUCUGCCCCCUUCUAGUUUGAUGGGUCUGGACCCCAGCAGACAGGGUCGGUGCAAGGAGGGAGAAGUGAGGGACUGGGUCUAUUUUUAAAUAGAAACCUUAACUAGUUAGAGUCCAAGUGUGUGCUUCAUUCCUGUAGAAGUUUGUUUUCUGAAAAGAAGCUCUCUGACAUAAAGAAUUGACUUCAAUUCAGCCGUCUUACUCUCCCAAAGAAAGUGGGAAACAAAGAAAGUGGCUCCCUCCACAACCAAGCUUUUCAAAAAGGGUCUUUUGACUCCUCGCGCCUGCUCACUUAACUAGCAAACCCCAUGUAUCCUGUAAAACCCUCCACCUAUUACUCACGCUGCCCUCCCCUUCUCCCCUUUUCGUCCGGUCUCCUUCUUAAUGAGCUUUGUCUGCCUCCCUGCUCUUAUAACAUCCCCGUCACAUCUGGCUGUGGAAGGGAGAGGUCAAUGCCCUCUGUCCAUGCCCACUUCUAGAAAUGACUCAAAUACUGCGCUCAUGCUCUAAAUAUGAGACACAUGUGGGUAGGGAAGGACAGUUUGGAGAGAAGGAGCACUUCUUCGUGUCAACUGAGAAUCAUUUUCAGACAGAAAUUAAACAUGCUUUGUCAUACUUUUUUCCGCACGGAGAGAGAAACAUCUGUUAUGCAAAGCAGUGUGAGACCAUCUUGGCUACUAAACUCUGACGACUCAAUACUGCAAGACAAACUAGGCUCAAGAGUUUAGCCCUGUGGAGUGUUUUUGUGUGUUUGUGUGUGUGUCUCUGUUAGUAUAUAUGUGUCCUCAAUGAGCGCUGACACAAAUGUCUCCCAUCUGUAGCACCUAUGUGCGUUGUAGGGUGAGGUACGGUACAGGGGAAAGUAGAAAAAAGUCAAGUUGCUGACUAAGGAACACUUACACAACUGGGUGUGUGUUUUAAGAAGUGGGAGUUGGAUUUAAAGGUCAAGGGGGGUUAGAUACAUUCAGAUGUUUUCUUUAUAUAUUUAUCAAAAUCAGCAGUGUUGCUUCUAUCUGGACUGUUUGGUUGAAUUGGAAAGAAUUGAAGAAGUAAAAGGGUUUGCCACGAUGCAUGAUGUGUUUAUUUCUGUCAUUUCUACAGUGGUUGCACAUCUUGUCAUCCCUGCCCUGACUCAUUACAUGUUAGGAAUUUAAUCAGACCUAUUAAACCCAAGAUUAAAGGCCCACUUGAUCAAGGUCUGGACCAGUGUCUGCCCCUGGCAAUAAAGUCCAGAUGGGACCUGCUGUAUGUACUGCAUCUAAUUUAGAGCAGGAGGCGAAAACAACAGUUUUUUUCUCCUGCUUUAAAUCUCCAGUCAGUGCAUGGCACGGCCCAGUAUCUUCAUAGCCAACUCCCAUGGUCAAGCAGGGGAGGCAACACUGUGCGGUAUCUCAUCAUAGUUGUAGUUGAGUAUGAUGGGCAGGGCGCCUAUCUCGCUCACAUUUCCCUCCUCCAACGCUGCAAAAACAUUCCUGAGCUCCAAAGGUGGACACUCUCACACUCCCUUGCUCCAUCCACACGAGUCCUCUCCCUCCCACACAGGACUGUGAAUUGGCGGCUGUCUCUUUGUCUUACACACAAACAGGGGGCCUGUAUGAUGGCUGAUUGUGAUCAUAAUGGAUGGAAGCUGUUACUCCCUCUUUUUCCUGCCUCAUACCGUGUAUCCCUGUGUCCCUCCCUCACUCUUGAACUCUCUCUGGAGGUCUUAUUUAUGCCAGGCAGAAGUGAUGCUCAACAUGGGGGGUUAUUGCCUCCUUCUCCCAGUAUUUAGCUGCAGUCCGUCAACACUACACCUACUUUUAAUCCUUUUUUCUUGUCUGCCUUUGAAACCCCACCUGUCUUUCUCUGAAACCUCUCUUUACGUAUGGUAUCAUUACCACUUGUUUGCUUUUGUGCUCUUUCUGCAUUGUGAUUCCCUUCAAUAUCUUUCUUUCUGAAGUAUGUUAGUAUAGUCGGGAGAUGUCAAAUCAGAAAUCGCUAUUUUAGGGAACCAACCCUUUAAUGUCUUUAGAGAGACCAUAGGUUUGCUUAUAGCCACAAUCUACACACAAAUUAACUCAUGGCAGUGUGAACUCAUUGCCACUUGUUAACGAUUGUUAAAUAGCAGGGUGAUUUCAAGCUAUUUCGUACUCCACAUUGAAAUGGAUGCAAGAAGGAGCACGUGUGGUCUAAAUGAUGUAAUGGUGGGUAAAAUGACCUGGGUGCACCACUAAACAUUUGGAAUAAUAAGGCUGAUGCUGCAGUUACGUAAACGGUCCUCAGUCUAGGACUGAAAGACUGAAAAGAAACUGGAGCUGCUUCCAAACCCCGCUUUUCUUUUACUUGCAAAGGGGUGCAUGGAGCUAAAUUUCAUGGCCAUGUCUCCUGAGCCUUGUUGUUUUGUGUGUUCGAUCAUUAUAAAACACACAAAAAAAGGCAAAGACAGCAAAGGCAUGUCUGAGUUUUCAUGAUGCUCACAAAUUUAGAGAAGCUAUAUUUUGGUUUUACUUGAACUCUAGGUUGAUGAAAAAAAAAAUCCUCACCAGCUUCAGGGGCCCUGUUCUGGAUCCAACCCUACUCUAGGACCCCCCCUCAGGUUUGAAAGAGGGUCACUAAAACACACACAGACUAAGCACUACACACAGACACACUUCUUGCUGCGUGCAGAGAAUGAGAACCAAAGACCGAGUUCACAGUGAAAUCAGGCAGCAAAAAGGACUCAGUCCUGCUCCCUCAGAGCUCCCCUCCACCCUCUCACUCUCCGAUCUGCCCUCCCCUUCUUUCUUUCUCUCUCUCUUUCUCCCUGCAGGGAUUCAGCCUUUUCAAAGGUUUCAGCAGUAACAAACCACUCCUUAGGGAGUGGCAGGGUCACUUCGAGGAAGGUGGACAAGGAGUAGAUUAAAUGGAGAGGAGAGGGGAUGUGGACCACAGCAGUCUCAGUCUUUGACUCACUCGUGCAGCUGUUUUUAGGAUCAUCAGCAUGGUGGGGAGGAAAUACUACUCUGAGCUAAUUGUGGGAACUGUACACAUAAUGAAACAAUUGUUAACAGAGGUUGAAGGGGCAAUUACACAUAGCUGACAUAGCCAUACUCAGUGAAGCACAGACCAUUUUAUCAUCGUUCGCAGACGCUCCAAACAAACAGCAUGAGUGGCCUUCAAAAAGCCCCUUCAGUGCUCUGCAAUAGUGGGAACAAAUGUUUUGUUAUAUUUACCCCUCCUGUUGCUAAUGAACACACCAGGCAACACAGGACUAGGAAUAACUGUGCCGGUUGUUAGACAAAUCCAGCAGUUCAGGGUUAUUUUUACCCCUGUAAAGUAUUCUCGAGUUUUUUAAGAACAAUCAAAGAUAGAGAGAGCCUGAUGAUGUCAGACGCUAAGAUUAGAAAAAUAACAAAGACACUCUCCUAGUCUCUGGAGUCAAAGUUUUCAGGGAGAUGAAGAUUUAAAGUUUUUUUUGUGUGUGUGUGAGUGUGUGUGUUUUUUUUCCAAAAGGAAGAAGCGAUGUCGGGCCAACAUCUUGUCAGUGGAAAGUUAACUGUAGACCAUAAUUUCAGUGCCACACUGAAAUCUACCUCCUUCAUUUUUAAGCAGUGCUGUCCAGGCUAAGCUUUCAGUUGUGGCUGGGAGGAUGUUGUACGUGGGAAGAUGGAGCUGAGGCUAUUGAGGGAAAUUAUUAGGUUGAACUAAGAUUGCUGCAUAGUCCAGACCUUGAUGACAGACCAAAGGAUAAAUACAUGUCUUUAUACAGUUGCUCAGUACACAAUGAAAGCCUCUGAUUUACAGCAAAACUUGAAUUUAAAGAUCAUCGUUCAAAUACAUAAAUUUUAAGAGUUCAAUAUUCAGGCUAGAUGUUGGACAGAAUUCCUACAUUUUUCUGUUUCUGCGCUUAAGAUUUAUUGUUGACACAUCCUUCAUGAGAAUAGUCAUAAAUCUUCCAGUUGUUUCUCCCAAAAUCAGGCGUUGUCCCUGCAGCCCCACCCUUUAAUGACAACACAUGCUAAGUGUGUGAGGGUUAACAAGCAUUCUCACGCCCGAUCCAUACACUAGCUGCUGCAGCAGCGUGCCUCUGCCUCCACAGGAAAUGAGGAAGAGGAUGUGGCAUGCCAGUGCUCUAACGUAGAGUCUUCAAGACAGGAUGGAGGGGGGAUGUACAUUUUAUAGUCACGGGGUGUGGUGAUCAUGCUGUCACGGUAGCCAUUUGCUGGCUGAGUGUUACGCCAGAGUGUGAGAAAGAGGAGAGGUCGUGUCAGCACGUCCUUAAGUCAGGAAGGAAUCUGAACGUUUACCUAUUACAUUUUUUUGUACACAUCCUGACAGACUGGGGAACUUUUGUGUCAGCUCCAUUCUGUCCUGAUGGAACAGUGUGAAUUCCUGUAUUUAUACCUGCAUAUGAACACAUCUCUUACCUCUUUUUGCUCCCCUUAGGCCCCACAGAGAUCCCUACAGAACUUGAUGUUGACGCAGUUACUGAGGCUGCUGUAGUCCCUGUAGAGGUUACAGAGGCUCAGAAAGAAGAUCUCACUGUCGUCACUGAAGUUCCUGCAUCCGAACCAGAAGCAGCACCUGAAGAAGUUGCAACAGAAGCUGCCACUGAGGCUGCUCCUCCAGCUGUUACCGUCAACACUGAGGGGCAAGUAGUUGAGGCAGAGACAGAAGCUCCUACUGAUGCUCCUGCUGCUCCUGCUGUUCCUGCCACUGAAGCAGCAGAGCCUGCUAUCACUGACGCUCCUGCCGCAGACACAGAGGCUCCAGCAGCUCCCGCUGCUCCUGAAGUUACCGAAGCUCCCGCAGAAGAAGCAGAGGAAGAGCCUGCAGCAACAGCUGCCGCUGAGAUAGAGACUGAUGGAGGAGUGGUCGUAGAAGGCGAAGAGGGUGAGGGUGACAUGACAAUUAGGAGAAUUAUGCAUUUCUAUCUGGGGAGAUGGCACGAUUGGACCACCUUUUCCCCAAUUCUAUUAUCUCAUCUAAAAACCAAAUCUAGCACCGUAAGGUUCCUAAUGACUAUUUGAUGAGUGAAAAAAGUCAGAUAAUGAACUCUUUAAAGAGCUUGAAAUUGCUGCAAAUUUAUUCAAGAAUAUAAUAGAGCCAGCCAGGGGAGUCCAGGAGCAGACCAAACCUCAGAAAUGUUGGCCAAAAGCCAAAAACUGGUGGUCUUUUGCACAUUUUAAUGCCAUUGUUCUUCUUAGCAAACUAAUCAUCACUGCAUUUUUCAGUAAGUUGUGGAUGUAAAGCAAAUAUUUGAAGAACAGCAGACUUCAUCCGUGUGCUGUCUGCAGAUAUCAACACCUGUGGCAAAUUACACAAUGUUAUUUGACAAAUCCCUUCUUCCUUUCAAAUUCACUGCUGAAGAUGUCCCAUGAGUCUAGAGUGGAAAGAAGUGAGUUUGGCAGCGCUCUCUUGAAGUCCUAUUUAGGCUUUUCAUUUUAAUUCAGGAGUACAAAUGACUCAUUAAAUCUCUGGCAUAAACAAAACAUGAAAUAAUGAAAAAAAAAGCAAAGCACAGGCUGAGAUUUGAUAACAUCUCUUAUUGUUUUCCACAGAAGGCCUGGGUUCUGGUCAGGUAGUUGGCAUUGUGAUUGGCGCCCUUUUGGCAUUGAUCAUCGUCAUUGCCGUGGUGAUCGCCGUGGUGAGGAGGAUGGGCAAAUACUCGUAAGUUCUUCUACUUGAGUCAGCAUUUUACAUUCAAACACACCCCAAACUUGAUUUGCUGUGAGUGCAGAUGGUUAAUGUUAUGCAGUGAGUCAUCAGUUCUGGCUCCCUCCUAAUAUGGAGUCAAACAGUCUGGGCUUUGAGUCAUCACUGACACGUCCUGUGAUGAAAUAACAGGCUGUGAUGUAAUGGCUCUUGGCGAUGGAGUUGCUCAGUGUGAUCAGAUGACCUCACACGCCCUAUACAAAUUGUGCUACAGCUGUUGAACAUAUUGAACCUCCACAGUAUCCCCAUGAACCCUCCCCUCUGAAAACACUGUCAUGAGCUGCAUGUUUUGUUAAUGAUGAAUGUUUCUUGUGUCACAGGUCUGCCAAGAAAAAACCUGCGAAAAAAGACAGCGUUUUGGUUUCUGUAAAUUUCUUUGUUUGAUCCUAUUUGCUAAUCUUGUUAACACCUUGCCCAUCAUGAUCCUAACUCAAAAACGUGUAACAGAUGUUUCCUCCCCCUGAAAAAAAAAAAAAAAGAAAGAAAAAAGGUUGUUGCUGCUUUCUCUGACAUUCAGUUUCAUGGCCUAAAUGGGAAAAUUUGAGUAUUCAUCCUGACAUGUGGCUGCAUUUGGCCAUGAUAUUAGCUUGUUUAUUGACUCAGUGUCUGUCUAUGUGGCUGAUGGUCAUCAGGCAGACUGCUUUUAGACCAGUAGCUCUUUAUGAACAUAGGGAUCUGUGUUUGUCAGGGGUGCAGCAGCAACACAAACAUUUCUGUUUGGUGUUUCUUCUUAGGGGUUAAUCACCUGUGUUUUUGUGAUAAUUUGUGGAUUUUAAACUUGUUUAUUUUACAGUUUAUGAUUACGAGAUCUUCAAUGACUCUAGCCACUCUCUGAAAGGGGUAAAUGUAGUCACAAAACUAAUCUUGUCAACCUAAAAAACAACCUGGCUUUCAAAAUAAUGUCCUCCUUUUAAGGUUUUGAUAAAUUUGCCUCAUGUUAAGCUUAUGUUGUUUCUUUUUUUGUAUGUUUACCUACAUCUUUAAUCUUUAAUCGGCAAACAAGCUUUUUCCCCUACCUACUUUUUAUUUUAUCUUACCUUUCUCCACCUAUGUUGUUGUCCUUGCCCCCUGAAAGUAGAAAGUAGUUUUAAGACAUGAAAUUACUCAAGUUUACAUGGACGAAUGAAUAACUUAAGAUUCAAAUCUGUCAGAUAUUCCACCCACUGUUAACUCAAUCAUGCUUUUUUAUCCACUUUCUGGCUCUUUCUUUACUUUUUCUUUCUUGUUUCCUACAGCCCUUGAGGAGAAAGUCGGCCAAGCAGCAGGAGCGCCCAAAGUUCUGGAAAUUCUGAACUACUGAGCCGUGACGUCAUAUCCGAUCAUGAAAAUAAGCAUGAUACCAGAACUAAACUCAUCUAACCAGGACUCUGGACUGUUGCCAAAAAAAGAAGGGGGAAGGAGACGUGUGUGUUUAUGUAUGUACUGUAUGUAUGUGGGCCAAGAGGGGUACAUGAGCAAACAUCCUCAUCUCCUCCUGUCACCUCCUUUACCCUCCUGGAGCCGCUGACAAAAAAAAAAAAAAAAAAAAAAAAAGCUCUGUCUUCCCCCUACUUGCCUCAGCGUGAACAAAACAAGGUGACGGCGGGGUGUCACAAAGAAUUUCAGGCCUUUUCAAAUGCAUUUGUUAAAAAAAAGAGAGAGAAAGGGGGAAAAAUGUAGGGGAUUAUUUGUCAUCUUGGGGCUCAAUCUCUCUUCUUUCACAGAGUGACUGAUUUAGAUUAGUAUGGAAGUUUAAGAGAACCUCAAAAGGAGAGUACUGCCAAAAUUAAAGUGAAUUGAACACAGAAGGACAAUGGGAGAAGGAAAGCAGACAGACUGUAACAAAUUCCACAGGAUGUAUAUACAAUUCAAGAGGACUACAUAGUAUACAGCUACAGACUUUCUCAUAUGUUGCAGUUGCAUAGGCUAGCAUUUGAUAUUAUGAAAUGAACAGUACAUACAGGCAGCCUUAAGCUAUUGUAAAAGCUAUCAGACAUUUAUAGCCCCCCUGAGCACUAGUUAAAACAUUUUCUCACAGAAACCCUCAAAUGUUGGCCAACUGUAUGAAGCACCGUGUGCAGAAGUUGUUCUAACAUUACACUCUAAACUCUGAGGGCUAGCAUGUGGAUAACAGAGGAGAAAAGGCACCCUCAUUUGCAAGAGUAACGUGACAUUCUGCCCACUUUAACACUGACAUAUAAAAACCUAAUACAUAUCUGUGAAAUUUAGCAGAAGGGUUUGUGCCACUGUCUCUGGUAUUCUCUCAGUAGUUAGGAGGAUUUUAACUUUUGAAGUGCAUUAUUAAUGUGAAUUGACUGUACUUUUUAACUGCCAACCCAUUCCAAAAAGAACAGCUUUGUGGACCUCUGGCUUGUUCCUUAUGAAGGCUUUCAUAGCCAGUGGUCAUUAGCCAUAGAGAUAGCAUUGUCCUUACAAUGUAUUCAUAGUACUUCUGUUCAUAGUUAGAUUACCAGAACAGCCUCCAGUCUUUAUAUUUAGCUAACCCCAGACUGAGUGCAGAGGAUGACAUUUUAAAGUUGCACUUAGUUGUAGUGCACAGUGUUAGGCAGCAAUGCCCCAUUUUGUUAUUGUUGCAAUUGUAAGUGUGCUAAAUGGGUGUACAAAUAAUGAAGUCUCAGCUUAGCCCUGCUUGCUUUACAAACUCGUUUAAUAUGUGCACUGAAUGAGUGUUGUAAUGUUUAAUGAAUAGGCUUUAGACACUGCAAAUGUUUGCAACGACAUGUGUUUUGGUUCCUCCCUUUUGCUUUGCCACAUUUUAUCAGUUCUAGGACUUUAAUUUGUUUGAACCCUUUUAAUUUAAUUGCAGUGUUUCAUGUUCAUACUGUUUCAAUAAAAAACUGAAAACACUCCAUAAAA